AUGGAAGGUCGGAUUGGAGAGGGAGAUGAUGGGAAGGAAGAAGAGUCGAAGGACAAGUCUGCGAGGCUGGGGAGGAAGAAUGGGAAAGCUGCGCCGGGGGCGCCGGCACCUGCUAUGCCUAAAGAAGUGUUGCACAACUUUUUCCAGGGCUUGCUGGCGAACAUGGGCAAGAUGGGGGGUAGUGCUGCUGGGACUCUUACGAAGGGAAUUACUGCUGAAGGGGCGGGGGAGGGCUAG